AUGCCGGGCUACGACUACAAGCUGCUGGAGCGGCCGCGGCGGCGGGUGCUGUGCCCGCUGUGCGGGAAGCCCAUGCGGGAGCCCGUCCGUGUCUCCACCUGCGGACAUCGCUUCUGCGACACUUGCCUGCAGGAGUUCCUGAGUGAAGGUGUCUUCAAGUGUCCUGAGGAUCAGCUGCCCCUGGACUAUGCCAAGAUCUACCCUGAUCCGGAGCUGGAGGCACAGGUGCUGAGCUUGGCCAUCCGCUGCAUCCACAGCGAGGAGGGCUGUCGCUGGAGCGGGCUCAUCAAACACCUCCAGGCCCAUCUUGGCACCUGUGGCUUCAACGUCAUCCCCUGCCCCAACCGGUGCAGCACCAAGCUGAGCCGUCGUGACCUGCCCGAGCACGUCCAGCACAGCUGCCCCAAGCGCAGGGUCAAGUGCGAGUUCUGCGCCACUGACUUCACUGGGGAGGCCUUUGAGGGCCACCAGGGCACGUGUCCCCAGGAGAGUGUGUACUGUGAGAACAAGUGUGGGGCCCGCAUGAUGCGGCGCCUGCUGUCCCAGCACAGUCUGGCUGAAUGCCCCAAGCGCACCCAGCCCUGCACCUACUGCGCCAAGGAGUUCGUCUUCGACACCAUCCAGAACCACCAGUACCAGUGUCCUCGGUACCCCGUGCCCUGCCCCAACCAGUGUGGGACGCCUAACAUUGCCAGGGAGGAUGUGCCCACCCACCUCAGGGAGAGCUGCAACAGUGCCAUGCUGCUAUGCCCCUUCAAGGAAGCUGGCUGCAAGCACCGGUGCCCCAAGCUGGCUAUGGGCAGGCACCUGGAGGAGAGCACCAAGGUGCACCUGGGCAUGGUGUGUGCCCUGGUGAGCCGGCAGCGGCAGGAGAUCCUGGAGCUGCGGCGGGACGUGGAGGAGCUGUCGGUGAGCAGUGAUGGGAUCCUCAUCUGGAAGAUCGCCGACUACAGCCGCAAGCUGCAGGAGGCCAAAGCCCGCAGCAACUACGAGUUCUUCAGCCCUCCUUUCUACACCCACAAGUAUGGCUACAAGCUCCAGGUCUCAGCUUUCCUCAACGGCAACGGCAGUGGGGAGAGCAGCCACCUGUCUGUCUACAUCCGAGUGCUGCCAGGCGAGUACGACAACCUGCUGGAGUGGCCCUUCUCCUACCGAGUCACCUUCUCCCUGCUGGAUCAGAGCGACCCUUCGCUCUCCAAGCCCCAGCACAUCACUGAGACCUUCCACCCUGAUCCCAACUGGAAAAACUUCCAGAAGCCGGGAGCCUCGCGAAGCUCCCUGGAUGAGAGCACCCUCGGCUUUGGCUACCCCAAGUUCAUCUCCCACGAGGACAUCAAAAAGAGGAACUACGUGCGGGACAACGCCAUCUUCAUCAAAGCCUCGGUGGAGAUCCCCCAGAAGAUCCUGGCCUGAGCCCUGGUGCCCCUUGGGGGACAGGA